CUUCACGUCCUCGCCAACAACUUCCUGUCUCACCGCACGUGACGCGGAAGCGCGGCGGCCGCCAUGGAGCCUGACGGGGCUUCGCGGCACCCCCCCAAACGGCGCGUCCCGCCGCGCAUGGCCGAGCCGCACCCGCUGUUCGAUGACACGAGCGCGGAGCGCGGUUACCGAGCGCCGCCGCCCGCCCCGUUCGCCGCCCCCCCCGCCGCCGCCGCCGCCGCUUUCCUCGCCGAGCCCGUGUCCAGCCUCGCCGCCGCCUAUGGGGCCUCUCUGGCCACGCAGGGACGAGACAUCGUGGACAGGAACCUCGAUCGGUUCCUGCCCGUGGGACGCCUCAAGUAUUAUUUCGCCGUCGACACCGUAUACGUGGGGCGGAAACUGGGACUGCUCGUGUUCCCCUUCCUGCACCCGGACUGGCAGGUCCGCUUCCAGGACACUCCGGUCGCCCCUCGCUUCGACGUUAACGCCCCCGAUCUCUACAUCCCGGCCAUGGCUUUCAUCACCUACGUCCUCGUCGCGGGAUUGGCUCUUGGCACCCAAAAUAAGUUCUCCCCCGACAGCCUGGGGCUGCAGGCGAGCUCGGCGCUGGCCUGGUUGCUCCUCGAGGUGUUGGCGCAGCUCCUCGCGCUCUACCUGGGCGCCGGCCCCACGGCGCUCGCCCCCGCAGACCUCCUGGCCUUCGCCGGCUAUAAAUACGUCGGCAUGAUCCUGGCUCUUCUGGCCGGGCUCCUCUUCGGCCACGCCGGUUACUUGGCGGUGCUGAGCUGGUGCUGCCUCACCAUCUUCAUCUUCAUGAUCCGCAGUCUCCGGUUGAAGCUGCUGUCGGAGCCGGCGGCUGAGGCUGUGCCGGUUCGGGGGGCGCGGAAUCAGCUUCGGAUGUACCUGACGAUGGGCAUGGCCGGAGCGCAGCCCCUCCUCAUGUACGGCCUCACUCGGCACCUCCUCACCUGAGGGGGGAACCCCCAAAACCCUCUGGACACCCCCCAAAAAAAUCCCUGACCCUCCCCAGGAUCCACCCCAACCCCAUCCGAUCAACCUCAAACCAAGAGGGAAUCCACAAACCAUUCCAUUUCCACCCAAAACGCCCCUUUUCCCACCCCCACAACCCCCUGAUGCUGAGGGGGGGGCCCCCAAAAUCCCCUGCUGCUGGGGGGGGGGCCCCCAAAAUCCUCUGGACACCCCCAAAAAAAUCCCUGACCCUCCCCAGGAUCCACCCCAACGCCAUCCGAUCAACCCCAAACCAAAAGGGAAUCCACAAACCACUCUGUUUCCACCCAAAACGCCCCUUUUCCCACCCCCACAACCCCCUGAUGCUGAGGGGGGGGCCCCCAAAAUCCCCUGGACACCCCCAAAAAUCCCUGACCCGCCCCCGACUACUCCUGAUCCGAUCAACCCCAAACCAAGGGGGAAUCCACAAACCACUUCGUUUCCACCCAAAACGCCCCUUUUCCCACCACCCCAACCCCCCUGAUGCUGAGGGGGGGCCCCAAAAUCCUUGCCUCCCCCCCCCUCGAACAGCAAGGACCCCCCAAAAUC